AUGUAUGGUGUUUAAAAUGGUCUGUUAUUGACUUUAAAGUUAAUAUAUUUUAUCACAAGGGCAAAGUCAUAUUUAUCAAAACAUUCAAAUUGCAAACAUUUUUUUCAGGACACUUGGAUAUACAGAGAAGAUACAGCCAUGAGGGUUUUUUUGAUCGGAUGUCUGUGUGUGAUCAGUACGGUGCUCAUGGCAACCGCCAUUGACGCCUACUACGAUAUGGCUAGCCUCUACGGGGGAGGCCAUGGGAUUGGCUCCUAUGGCUACCCCGGUGCCAUCGGGUACGGGGGCGGUGCUGCAGGCGGUGCUGGCGGCGGAGGAAUGGGUGGAAUAUUUGGAAUCCUCAUCUUUCUGUUUGUUUUCAUCAUCAUCAUAAAUGUCUUGUUCGGUGGUUCCGGUGGGUUUGGCGGCGUCGGCGGGGGCGGUUCAGGAGGCGGCGGCAGCAGAAAGGGUGGCAGCAACUACGGUGGUGGUGGUGGUGGUAGCAGCUACGGUGGUGGUGGUGGAAGCAGCUACGGUGGAGGCCACUACAAUGACGGAUGGGGCCACGGAUGGAGCAACAGCGGAUAUAAAAAAUAAAGUAAAAGUGAUGAACACAACGGAAAGAGGGACGGAGAGAUUUGGAACACGUAUGAUUUUGGACAACGCAACUCAUUUAAAACAACAUUGCAUUUGUUGUUUUGUAAAUGAUGUUUUAUUUUAAUUAAAUUAAAUACGCAUCCGCA